GGUGUUCAGUUGGCGGCGGACUGGUUUGGAGAGAGACGCGAAGAGAAAAGAAGAGAAGUAAAGAGAAGAGAGACAUGGCUUUCCUGCGAGGAGCGGUUCUGGCGCUGGUUCUUCUCAUCUGCCUGAACCGGAGCGUGCGUGGCAAAGUGGAGCUGACCAUGAAUGACAACCUGGAGGUGUACCUCUUUGACUCGGCGGAGAUCCCCUGCCGUUACAGCUUCACCGGUUUGGACAAAGAGCCCAGCUUUGUCAUGAUCCAGUGGUUUGUGAGAGCUGCAGGAAACGGCUCCCGGAUGCGGAUCUUCUACAGCGACGCCAGUCAACAAAUAGUGGACAACAACACAGACUACAGCGGCCGCAUCGAGGUGACUUCGGACCAGAGAGGAACCACGCUCUUAGUUCGAAACGUCCAGCUUUCAGACGAGAAGGAGUUCUUCUGCCAGGUCAAUGGGCUGGCUGCUGGUUAUGCUGAGCGCAAGACUCACCUGAGAGUUUUCGCUCCUCCAGAGGCUCCCGUCAUUGAAGGCAUCCCUUCUGGGAUUUCUGUGACCAACACGAUGCCGUCCAAGGUGGCAUCAUGUGAGGCUAGAAAUGGUUUUCCUAAACCCAACAUCACCUGGUACAGGAACGACGAGCCACUGAUCCCAGCCGCUGGACAGGUAAACGUGAUCAUCCUGGUGACCCGGGAGUACAGAGGGUUCUACUCUGUGCAGAGCACGCUGGAGUACAAGCUGGCGAAGGAGGACAAGGACUCCCGCUUCUCCUGUGAGGUCAGCUUUUCUGUCCCGGGAGCCGUCAGGACCAUGGCGUCCCACAGCAUCAACGUCACCGUUCACUACCCCACCACCAUGGUGGAGCUGUGGAAGGAGUUGCCGCAGGGCUUGGUCAAAGAGGGGGAUACUGUGGAGCUGCGUUGCCAGGGUGACGGCAACCCCCCGCCGCCCUUCAUUUUCAGCAAGGAACAAGAGCCAGACGUGGAGCUGGAGAGCGGCGGCGAUGUGUUGGUGCUGCCGUCCGUGUCUCGGAAAGACAGCGGCGUCUACCAGUGUCGGCCGCUGGACUCUGCUGGACAAGCGGAGGUCAAAGGAGAGGUCCAGCUCACCGUGCAUUACUUGGACCCCGCAGUAGUGGUUCCUAAAGACUCAGAGGUUAUGCUUAAAGGCGAAAAUCUGGUAGCAUCCUGCAACGCCCUGUCCUCCCUGAAAACCGUAACUGUCUGGUACAAGGACGGAAAGCAGGUGGGUCACGGUAACACGCUGCACCUGGACGAUGCCACCUAUGAAACCAGCGGGGAGUACAUUUGCGAGGUGACCGUUCCCUCCCUGCCCUCCCUUCACACCAGCGGCUCGGUCCACAUCAUCGUCCAAGGUGGUCCUCAGGUGGUGGGUGUGGAGGAGGAGGUCCAGCUGGAGGAAGUGGCAGGCAGGACGGUGAACCUGAGCUGUGAGGCUCGGGGACAUCCUCCACCCAGCAUCUCCUGGAACAUCGUUGGCAGCCAGAACUGGCAAGAAGUGAUGAGCAAAGCAAACGACCACAUGACUCACAGCAUGGUGUCGAUCAAGGUCAACUCGGACGUCACCGCUGUUUGUAACGCGUCCAACGACAUGGGCACUGAAGUCAAGGUUUUCAGCAUUAAAGCCAUUCCCAGAGUCACCCGCACUGCUCCCUUCUCUCCCGUUGAAGGCAGCGGGGUGAUCAUAGUGGUGAUCAUACUGUGUUUGCUGCUGCUCGCCUUCCUUGGAAGCAUCCUCUACUUCCUGCAUAAGAAGGGAAAGAUCCCCUGCGGACGUUCAGGCAAACAGGAGAUCACCAAAGAGAAGCCCACCAAGGACGACAUCGUUGUGGAGAUGAAGAACAACCCAAAGAACGAGGAUGCUGUGCUGCUAAAGGCUGUGAACGGCGAGAAGAAAGGUCCCAAUGACCAGGUAACUGUUGUGUAAAACUCCUGAAGGUUGUGCGGCGCCGCCUGAGGCAGCUCACAGAGCGUUUUGGAGCCCAGGAGGCCCGGGACGCUCCCGCUGACCUGAGAUCUGCAGACCGCCGCCUCCUCCCAGUCUGGACGUUCCCUCCCCGUUCCCUCCCUUCGUUCCCUCCCUUCGUUCUUGGUUCCCAGCAGUAUUCAGCAGAUUUUCCCGGGAACACAUGCCACACACCUUUCCCAGGUGUGUUUGUACAGAUCUGGAUCUCCUGAAUGAGGCUUUGCUUCAGCACUCAGUUUCCUCCCUAGUUUUCAGCUCUUUGCUGUUGUUUGGUGUUUGUACGAUGGUCAACCAUCCAUUUUUUUUUUUUUAUAAAAGUGUAUAUAUUAUAUUUUGUUAUUUAAGAUAUCUUGGCUCAGAUUUCCGGUUGAAAGCAGCAUCUGGCUUGUGUGCAUGUUUUUACAUAUUUUUAUUUUAACAUCCAGGUGAGAUUUCACUCAGGACGUGAUGUUGAGACCAAACGUUACAUCUGACAGAUUUGUAGAAACUCGCGUUACAUUCGACCCGAGCAGCAGAUUUCCUUUGAUUUCCUCCAGAGUGCGUUUAGUUUGCUCUGCAGGACCACCGGUGAAACCAGACGCACCGGCGGCCAUCUUUUCCAAACUGCUGUCAUGUUCUUGUACUGUUUGUAAAUACGUUUAGAUUAGAGACCUGCUAGAAGAAGCCGGGGAGACUUCCUGAAGCUCAACAUCUGCUGUGCCUGUUUUUUUUUUGUUUUUUUUGUAAUUGUUUUUUUACAUCAAACACUGAAUUUAUUUUUCUUGAACCUGUUUUUUUCUGUGUGUUGCCACUGAGAGGUGAAGGACUGAAGGUCCCAUGUGUUUCUGCUACGUUUGGGCAGACGAUGCUUUUAUUUUGUACCUUUUUGUUGUAAGAAUCCAGAAAGAUCACUGUGACAGAACCCUGGAAGGUUUAACAUUUACUUUAUUUGAUUUGGAAACAAGGUGUACAUUUCAAUUUUUAUUUUAUAUCUAAAAUAAAAUAAAACGCAGGCGUCUUUAAACAGUAACUUAAUUUGGUUCAAUUACAAUUUAGAACAUAUUAAAACCAAUAUACGUUUAGAAAACCAAAUUUUUUCAUGUAUACAAUUUUGCUAAACAAUUCAAUCAAAAUAUCAAGCAUGUAAACUUUCUACAAUAAAAUUAAAUGGAAUCAAAAUUCGGAAAAUGAAUUUAAUUCUGCUGCAUCACGUUAAAUUCACAGAUCGCUGCAAGAGUUUUUUUGGAGGGACCACAAACAUAAAAAAAUUAACAGAUUCAAGGUUUGGGUUUCUAAAUUCCUCCAAUCUUUUCCAGAUGGAGGUGAAACAUUUUGGAUUUUACAUUCUUUAAUAAAACAAGCCUCAAAGCUCCACUUAAGAAAACAUAAAAUAAUGUUAUGUUCAUGGACAGAGUCGUUCAUUCACUGACCGUUUUUUGUUUUUUUUUGGCUCUUCGGCUUCAUGUUUCAGGAAAGCGCUCUUGCAGCUCUGUGAGUCGGACGUAAUUAUAGCGGCUGGAGCCACAAACUGACCCAGAAAACAUGCAGCUGGGCUCCUUUAAACGCUGCCGUUGUGAAUAUUCCUCCCUGUAUAUUUUAUUUUGAAAAGGUUCUUUUAUUACUCAGUGAGUGCGACACUGCCCUGAUGACUUGCAACAUUUACAAGUAGUGAAAUAUUUUCAGUUUUCUGUCGUUUCGUCCCGCUUGGAUAGACGAGAAGCGACACCGCCGGCGUUGUUGAGUUAAACGCAGAUUUCCGAUCGGAUCCAUGAUUCUGCAUCUUAUCUUUUUUUUUUUGUUCAGUGGUGAGAAAACGUUUGAAACGGAUCCUUAUGAUUAUCUUUUCUACAUGCGUGUAAAUUAAGUGCUCUACAUGUGAUUCUCUGAUGCUUGUUUUUUUUUUUUUUGUUUUUUUUUUUUUUUUUUUACAAGAAAAUAAUGCCAAAUAAAGGUUCCA